CGUAGACCGCGAGAACUGCCGCGAGUAGAGAGAACAUAGCAUUGUUCUUGACUCGUGCGAUACCGCACGCGAUCACAAUUACUCCCAUUGCACCUGGAUGAAUACUGCGAGACUCCUAACGUCCGGCUGAUAAUCAGGCGCGAGGCAUUGACGAGAGAGUUCGAUUAUCGCCGGGAACUUGGACUAUUGAGAAAUGAGUUGUAAUUGUCCACUAACGUCGACCGUCGGUCCCACAUUGGCAUCGACAUGCGGUGGACCUUCGUUCAUGUUAUUUAUGGGCCUCCUCGAAGUAUUUCUCCGAAGUCAAUGCGAUCUCGAAGACCCGUGCAACCGACCUAUUCCGCAAAAACGUGUCAAUUCCAGAUACGACUUCGUGGUGAUAGGCGGCGGUAGCGGGGGCGCAACCGUAGCCUCGAGACUCUCCGAGGAAAGCCAAUUUUCCGUAUUAUUACUGGAAGCCGGCUUGGACGAGCCCACCGGAACUCAAAUACCGUCCUUCUUUUUUAAUUUCCUUGGCUCGGACAUCGACUGGAAAUACCACACCGAGAGCGAGGACGAGGCCUGUCUUAAUAACGAUCGCAAGUGCUACUGGCCCAGGGGAAAGGUGCUGGGCGGUACCUCGGUAAUGAAUGGCAUGACAUACAUGAGGGGAUCUCGUAAGGAUUACGACGAUUGGGCCAGGAUGGGUAAUCAAGGCUGGUCCUACGAUGAAGUACUGCCCUACUUCAUCAAAAGCGAGGACAAUCUCCAGGUCAGUGACAUGGAUUACGGCUAUCACGGGGUUGGAGGACCUCUCACCGUUACCCAAUUCCCUUAUCAUCCACCGCUGAGCCAUGCCCUGCUGCAGGCAGGCAAGGAAAUGGGUUACUCGACGGUGGAUCUAAACGGUCGAUCGCACACGGGUUUCGCGAUCGCCCAAACAACAUCGCGUAACGGCUCGCGGCUCUCCACCUCCCGGGCGUUCCUACGACCAGCCCGUAACAGGCGCAACCUCCACAUAAUGCUCAACUCCACGGCUACGAGGAUCCUCUUCGAUAGGAGCAAGAAGGCUGUGGGCGUCGAGUUCGUCCAUGAUGGGGAGCUCCAUCGCGUGUCGGUCGACAAGGAAGUCAUCAUCAGUGGAGGUGCGGUGAACUCUCCGCAAAUAUUGUUGAACAGCGGCGUGGGACCGCGGGAAGACCUCGAAGCGGUCGGGGUCCCGGUUAUCCACGAUCUCCCAGGCGUCGGCCAGAAUCUGCACAAUCAUGUGGCCUACGCUAUGACCUUCACCAUCAACGACACCGACACCACACCACUCAAUUGGGCCACUGCCAUGGAGUACUUACUGUUCAGGGACGGCCUCAUGUCCGGCACCGGCAUUUCGGAGGUUACGGCGAUGGUAAACACAAAGUACGCCGACGCUAACGAGGAUCAUCCAGAUAUUCAAAUGAUCUUUGGCGGUUACUUGGCCGAUUGCUCAGAAACUGGUAUGGUUGGAGAGAAAAAGGGUUCCAAUCGAGUGAUUCUCAUUAUACCCACUCUUCUCCAUCCAAAGAGUCGUGGAUACGUACGACUUAGGAAUAACGAUCCACUAUCAAAACCCAUUAUUUGCGCCAAGUAUUUGACUCAUCCGGACGACGUCGGCGCACUCAUCGAAGGCAUCAAAUUCAGCAUCGCUUUGACGGAAACCGAAGCUCUCAAGAAGUACGGAUUCGCCCUGAACCGUAUGCCGGUGAAGGGCUGCGAGCACCUGAAAUUCGGCUGUGACGCUUACUGGGAGUGCGCGAUUAAGCACGACACAGCUGCCGAGAAUCACCAGGCGGGUUCCUGCAUGAUGGGGGCGGCAAACGAUCGUUUCGCGGUCGUUGACAACCAGUUGCGCGUCCAUGGCAUCCAAGGGGUGCGAGUCGCGGACACGAGCAUCAUGCCGCGGGUCAUAUCCGGCAACACGAACGCACCAGCCAUAAUGAUUGGGGAGCGCGCAGCCGACUUCGCCAAGAGGGCGUGGAUCGGAUGAUGAUCGAUCCGCCCGGAAAUUAGCUAGUAAUCGGCGCGCGGACGCUGUCUGCGGAUGUGUACCUCGCCUCGACGACUUUGCCCGACGCCUCGUUGAGAUCUCCAAUAUAUAUAUAUACAUAAAACUAUUUCUUGAUUGUUCUCUCUCUCUCU